AUGAAGUUUGUCUGUGUGACACAGAUUUUCUUCAUCUUCAUGGAUUCUCAAUCAGAGUGUUUGAAGGUGGUUGGUGCAGCUGCUCCUCUUUUUGCUGUAGCUGGUGAAGAUCUGGUUCUGCCCUGCUCUAUCCAACCCAGCACCAGUGCUGUGGAUAUGAGAGUAGAGUGGUUCAGAGUAGAUGUAACAGACUCAUUAGUCCAUCUUUAUAAAGACCGUGAAGACAAAAAUGAAGGGCAGAUUUUAAGCUACAGAGGAAGAACAGCACUGUCAAGAGAGGAGCUGCAAAAAGGCAACGCUUCACUUAAACUCUCAGCAGUCCAAGUCUCAGAUGAGGGAGCUUACAAAUGUCUCGUUGAAGCCAAAUCCUGGUAUGAUGACAUUACUGUUAAUGUCAUUGUUGAGGUUCUGGGAACUCACCCGGUGAUCACUAUGGAGGGCUAUGACAACUUAGGAGGGAUCAAUCUAGUGUGUGAAUCUAAAGGUUGGAAUCCUAAACCUGAUGUUUGGUGGCUGGACAGAGAAGGGGUCACUCUGAAUGCUGAAGAUACAGAGACACACAGAGACACUGAGGGCUUCAGAGUGAAACACAGCAUCACUGUUCAUGAUAGUGACUCCAACAGAUUCUACUGCAGACUUCAACAAAAGCAUCACAUGAGGGAGACAGAUAUUAUCAUCUCUGGCAAAGUCUUUCAUGCAUGGAAGUUUGCUGUCGUCAGUAUUUCAGUUUUAGCGGUCAUCUCUGCUGUUGUCUUCAUUGUAACCAUCAUCUGUGUUUGUCAAAAGAAAGAAAAGAUUGAAAGAGCAAGUUUUCAUGUGUUUUUUUGUACAUUUCAUGCACAUUUUUGUGGUGUCUCAUUGUGUUGCCCUUAUUUUUAUUGUUUCUUUUCAGAAAUUCUAAGCAAGAAACUACAAAAUGAUUUUGAAAAGGAGAAACAGUAUGCAGAAAUCCAGAGGCAGAGGGUAGAGGACGAGUUUGAAAAGAAAAUGAAUCAUGCAGUGGAAGUGACUCUGGAAGCUGAUACUGCAAGUCCAAAACUCAUCCUCUCUGAUGAUGGAAAACAAGUGACACAUGGAGACACAAAACAGGAUCUUCCUGACACCCCAGAAAGGUUUGAUCAUUGUCCCUGUGUCCUGGGAAAGGAGGGAUUCUCCUCAGGAAGAAUUUACUAUGAGGUGCAGGUCAGUGGGAAGACUAAGUGGGACUUAGGAGUGGCCAAAGAGUCCAUUAACAGGAAGGGGAAGAUUACACUGGACCCACAGAAUGGAUUCUGGGCUAUUGUUCUGAGGAAGGGGAAUGAGUAUAGAGCUUGUGUUGGUUCUUCCAUCCUCCUCUACCCAAGAGAGAAGCUCCAGAAGGUGGGAGUGUUUAUGGAUUAUGAGGAGGGUCUGGUCUCCUUUUAUGAUGUGGAGUCCAGAUCUCAUAUCUACUCUUUCACUGGCCAGUCUUUCACUGAGAAACUCUAUCCAUACUUCAGCCCCUGUAAUAACAAAAGAGGUAAAAACUCAGCGCCGCUUGUUAUUUCUCCUGUUUCCGAAUGAGGUUUUGUCUAAAAAUCUUGUGAUUUUUCAUAGUAAGAUCACACUAAGGGAAAGCAUUCUGUCUGUGUGCGUGUAAGUGAGAGAG